UGUUUUUCUGAGGAAGAGACAGAAAACUUUUCAUUUUUAUUGUAACAAUUAAAUUUAAUUGUUUUAGUUUAUUUUUAUUCUUUUUUGUUUCUUAAUUUGCUUAAUUUGGGUCAAUGUUUUUCUUUAAUAAUGAGUGACUCUCCAGUUUUGUUUGGAAAUUAUGUUUAAUUUGUUUUCUUCUUUUAGUUUAAUUUCCUCUUCUUCUUAUUGUGUCAUCUCUAUUUCCAUUUUUCUUCUCACCGUAAAGGUCAAUUUAACUUCUGGUCAUGUUGGUCAACCUUGUAACAUCUUCGGCAUUUGUUGGCCUCCGAGUAUUCACAUUUACUGUGAUGAUAAUCAUGUCUGUAGAUGUAGACCUGAAACCCCCGUAAUCGUUGGUCCACAUCAAUGUAAACGUAACAAAUCUCAUGGAGAUAAAUGUUCAACUGACCAGGAAUGUAUUUACUCGGAUAACUAUUCUUUCUGUGAUUCAAAUCUGUGUAAUUGUGUUACUAAUUAUACUUAUGAUCCUUACCUGAUGAAAUGUUUACACACUUCAAUUCAACAACGGUCAAGUUUCAAUGCUUUUUACACAAUGUUAUCUUCGGCAGCCUUAUGGAUAAUCUUGUUACUCAUCGCUCUAUUUAUUAGUAUUCCUUGUUGUUUGGCUUUUCUUUACCAUUGUGUUUGUUACGAGAAGUCAACGGGAGAUUCUAACCUGUGCCGAGAUACAAGUAUUAGAUUAAGACUGGCCGAAAGUGGAGUAAAUCUGAAUGAGGAAGCAAGAGAAUGUAAUGGAAAUAUGAGAAAUGGAGGAGAUGGAACUCGAAUUUCAUUGCGUCACGAUGAAUUAUCUUCUCGACAAUCCUAUGAAUUAAGCUGCUUAGAUGAACCCCCUCCAUCCUACGACGAAGCUUGUAAACGAUGUCAAACGGAACCAAUUUUGUCCGAACAACGAAAUGAUAACUAAUCCAUAUCCGACUUCAUUUCAUUCAAUUGAUUUUAAACUUUUCUAUCUGAUCACCUUGGAAAUCAGGUGUGCCAAUAACAUUACUAUUCAUUGGAUUUAUUUUGUUCUCUCCAUUAUCAUUGUUCUGUUAUUAUUCUAUUAUCCUGGAGGAAACGCAAUUCAAUCGUCUUCCUCUACAAUGAAGCCAAAAAAACCAAGCAAUAGGAAAUCGAAGUCCUUAUAAUCUUGGAAAUGGAUCAAUGGUUCAUAACAAAUUAACGAGAUAAAUUUAAUCUGCCACUAACUUGAAAUCAUCAUCACAUGAACCUCGAUUCAAUUACAGUGAUAACAACGUGCAUUUAAUUACAGCUCUAUCUUUUUUAUAUUUUUCUUUUGAUCAUCGAUAAAAUUGAUGUUUCAUCGUAACUAAAUAUGGCUCAUCAUCGACCAAUAAUUAACACAUUACCAAUAGAGUUGAACAUAAUCACAAUUAAUCUUCCAUACACAUAAUAAAUGUGUAAAUAUAAGGAGAUGACAAAAACCUUUAAAUCUGAUUUGGAAUACACUGAAAUCAACUAUUUAACUUAAUCAUCAAGCUAAUUUCCUCAUUUACGAUUCAAAGCUUAUCCAAGGGGCAAUAACUUUCAACCAAAGUCACACAAACUUCAUUUGAUAUCAGCAAUCGAGUCAACGAAAGCACAAUUAAUAUUUUAAAUCAAAGACCAAUCAUAUCAUCGAUUCCUUUAAUUCUUGACUCUUUCUCUUUGAAUACAAAAUUUACCUUAAUCAAAAGCAUAAUAAUGUCUCUAAUCUCCAUGUAAUUAACCAAUAAUUCCCAUCAAUCAAAAGCAAAAGAGAGACAAAGACCUAACCAUCACUAAUUCCAGUCCUCAAUCAUAUACAAUUAGAAGAUAAACUGAUUGUAAAUUGUAAAAAAAGUCAAUGUUCCCUCCAGUUCAUCAACUAUUAUUAUGUAUUUGAGACGCAAGUUAAAAGUGCCUCAAAACGACACAAAGAAAUCAAAACAAUUUAUCAUCAAAUAAGAAUAUUUUUUCUUAUCAUCUCAA